AUGCGGCCGGGGCGGAUCCAGAGUUUCGACAAGGCGGUGCAGAGGCUGAGCCGCCUGCUCUCGCUUGCAGCCUGCGGGCUCCGGCCCCUGGCGUCGGACUACGCGGGCAUGCGGAUCGUGGGGGGCGCGGACGCCCUGCCGGGGGCCUGGCCCUGGCUCGUCAGCAUCCAGAUCCCCGCGCGGGAGGGCACGCGGCACUCGUGCGGCGGGUCCCUCGUCAGCCCGCGCUGGGUGCUCACGGCCGCACACUGCUUCAAAGCCAAGGGCAGGAUGCUGCCGCAGUGGCGGAUCGUGGCGGGCGUGACGGAGCUGUCGCACCUGACGGACCUGGCGCAGACGCGGGGGGUGCAGCGGGCCGUGCUGCACCCGGCCUACGACCCGCGCCGUGAGGCCAACGACAUCGCGCUCAUCCGGCUCGACCGCCCCGUGGCCUUCAACGACCUGGCGCAGCCGGCCUGCCUGCCCAGCGCCCACAUGGCUGUCGCCACCUUCGCCCCCUGCUACGUCAGCGGCUGGGGCGUCACCGACGAGAAGAGUGAGGCCCCGAGGGGAAGGGGCUCCUUCUUACCCCACAGGGCCAGCUGCGCCCUCCUCCCAGGGGCAGGAGAUGCAGGGUGUGCGCACACGUGUAUGCACAUGCACACGCCAGUACGGCUGUGCACGGAGGGCACCAGGGACAUGGGGCUGAGACCAGUGCCCGCAGGGGACCGGAGCCACGGCCUCAAGCUGUGACGGGAGCCGAGCCCAGGAACAGGCCCCCGGUAGC